UUUCAGAAUGUUCAAUCUUCAAAAACGAAUCAACGGCAACAACGAGGACGGUCGGUAUCUUGAAACCCGCAUCGCCGUCCGUGACAAGCUCCUAGCUCAGGAACUCCAACAGCUGGAGACUGCUCUUCGCGAUCAGAAGCAAAAGCUGUGGCAUCUCGAGGUCCCAUCAACAUCGUGUCUUCAUGAGUUGGAACUCACCGUGACACCUCAAGAAGGAAUCUAUCGUGGAGGCAAAUUCCGAUUCAAGAUCACCGUCCCGCCAGAGUACAACAACGUGCCGCCCGUUGUUAAGUGCCUGACAAAGGUUUGGCAUCCAAAUAUCAACGAGGACGGAUCGAUUUGUCUAUCGAUUUUGCGUCAAAACUCGUUGGAUCAAUACGGAUGGCGUCCAACGCGUAACCUCACCGACGUCGUCCACGGACUCGUCUCACUGUUCAACGAUCUUAUGGACUUCAACGACGCGCUGAACAUUCAAGCCGCCCAGAUGUGGAGUCAGAAUCGCGAAUCGUUCAAUCAUCGUGUUCGGGAAUACAUUUCUAGAUAUUGCUAAGGACCAACGGAUCGGAUUACAAAUGGCCUGUGAAUUGACCCCCCCUAUGAAAUUGAUUUUGAUUCUAACUUUUCCCCCACCUCUCAGACUUUUUCUAACUGUACUUUUUGAAAGAAAUAAAAUUUAUUCUUGAGAAAU